CUCACUCAGGACCCAGCGGGGGCAGCGCGAUGAGGCGGGUGACCCUGUUCCUGAACGGCAGCCCCAAGAACGGAAAACCUGCUGUAAGCUAGGUGGUUGCUGUAUAUGGAACUUUAUCUGAUUUGCUUUCUGUGCCCAGCAGUAAACUCGGCAUAAAAGCCACCAGUGUGUAUAAUGGGAAAGGUGGACUGAUUGAUGAUAUUGCUUUGAUCAGGGAUGAUGAUGUUUUGUUUGUUUGUGAAGGGGAGCCAUUUAUUGAUCCUCAGACAGAUUCUAAGCCUCCUGAGGGAUUGUUAGGAUUCUACACAGACUGGCUGACAUUAAAUGUUGGAGGGCGGUACUUUACAACUACACGCGUUACUCCUACCAGCACUUUGGUGAAUAAGGAACCUGACAGUAUGCUGGCCCACAUGUUUAAGGACAAAGGUGACUGGGGAAAUAAGCAAUAUCAUAGAGGAGCUUUCUUAAUUGACCGAAGUCCUGAGUACUUUGAAACCAUUUUGAACUACUUGCGUCAUGGACAGCUCGUUGUAAAUGAUGGCAUUAAUUUAUUGGGUGUGUUAGAAGAAGCAAGAUUUUUUGGUAUUGACUCAUUGAUUGAACACGUAGAAGUGGCAAUAAAGAAUUCCCAACCACCGGAGGAUCAUUCACCAAUAUCCCGAAAGGAAUUUGUCCGAUUUUUGCUAGCGACUCCAACCAAGUCAGAACUGCGAUGCCAGGGUUUGAACUUCAAUGGUGCUGAUCUUUCUCGUUUGGACCUUCGAUACAUUAACUUCAAAAUGGCCAAUUUAAGCUGCUGUGAUCUUGCACAUGCAAAUCUUUGCUGUGCAAAUCUUGAACGAGCUGAUCUCUGUGGAUCAGUGCUUGACUGUGCAAAUCUCCAGGGAGUCAAGAUGCUCUGUUCUAAUGCAAAAGGAGCAUCCCUGAAACUGUGUAAUUUUGAGGAUCCUUCUGGUCUUAAAGCCAAUUUAGAAGGUGCUAAUCUGAAGGGUGUGGAUAUGGAAGGAAGUCAGAUGACAGGAAUUAACCUGAGAGUGGCUACCUUAAAAAAUGCAAAGUUGAAGAACUGUAACCUCAGAGGAGCAACUCUGGCAGGAACUGAUUUAGAGAACUGUGAUCUAUCUGGGUGUGAUCUUCAAGAAGCCAACCUGAGAGGGUCCAACAUGAAGGGAGCUAUAUUGGAAGAGAUGCUGACACCACUACACAUGUCACAAAGUGUCAGAUGAGAAUUUUAGGGGCUGGAGGAAGAUGUACAAGAUGAAAAUGUUUUCCUUAUCACUUUUCUUUCUCCACCCACUCAGUUGUCUAGAAGAAAUCACACUGUAAAGAAAUUAAAAAAAAAAAAAAACGUUCAGAGGAUUAUGCUUGUUCUGAGCGGUGCAUAAGGGAAAAAACUGACUUUUUGUCCAUAUUCUGAUUUUUAACAGAAAAGCACUCAUUUAAUAGAUGUAGGGAAACUAGAUAUUGCUGCCUAUUGCAAGGGGUAGGGGGGUUUAACCUGGUUUUAUGACCAGGAAUAGUAUCUAUUAUAUUUGCUUUUAAAUAGGCAUGAUGUGGAAAUACCAUCUUGGUUUGAGAUGCAUUUGAGGAUUUUAAUUUAUGGAAAGCACAACAUAUGCAAUUAUAUUUAUUGAAUACCUAGAUGCGGUAUGGAUAUUUAAAUUGUUAAAACUUUAUGAAAACUUGGAAAAGGUUGUUCAGGUUUAUAAAUAGCUUUAGUGAUGCCUCCCCUCUUUAAAUACCUGUCAUACCACAUGAAUAUAGUGAGAUCAGACUCCCUAAGACUCUUUUCAGGAUCAUUUUUAUAAUGUUUACUUUUUAGGACAAAACAGUAGCUAAAUUAAAGUAAUAUCCAGUUCUUACUGAUUGAGACAGAGUGGAAAGAAAGACAUCGUUGUACUUCACUGUCAUUCCAAAGGUACAGUGGAACUCCGGAUGGAGGAAUAACUUACCUAUCACUACAACACUUAUAAAUGAGAAUUUCUCAGAAUUUCAUUCUAGGCAAGUUCCACUCAACACCAGACCAAGCAAUUCUAUCUAUUUACACUAUUAGCCUAGUUUUCUCAUACAGUCAUCACAAGCAUAGGAAGAUACUUCAAAACCAAAAAACCAAGGUGCAUCAUUAAUAUUCAUUUAAUUCAAAUACCAAAUAGUUUACAUAGGGCCAGCUUAGAAAUAGAUACUAAAUCCAGAGCUACUGCAAUCAAAGCUUAUAUGAGUGAAUAUGGUAGAGUUGCCUGCUAAAAGGCAAUGUAAUAUAAUUGCAGGUAGAACCCUACAGUGGGGAAUGAGGAAUUUUAAACACACAUUUGAUUACAGCCACCAAAAAAUAGAUGUAAAGUAAAAAUAAAGGCAUUUGGCUGGUCCAAGAUGUAAUACCAAUCAGUCAGCACCUGUGAGUCUUUUACUUAUAUUUUUUGUGUUUUUUUUUUAAACAAAUUUUAGCCCAAUUUUCUUGAGUCAUUAUCUCUCUGCAGCAGCAGAGGAAGGGCCUGUACCUCCCUACCAAUGACCUGGUGUUCUUAUUUUCUACCCCAAGAGCAGGGAUAUUAGCUGUGUCCAAAUGGGUUCUGAAUUCUACAGACUCAUCAACAUGAGGCAAGGAAUCAUUGAAAACCACCUGUGUCUCCUUUGGGAGAAUGACAUAUCUUUAGUAUUUACAUAGCUUAUUCUUCUAUAUCUACAUAUGCAAAGCUUUCCUUAACAGUAAAGGGUACAUAUGCAUAGUGGGAGGAGAUCAGACCUUUACAAGUGAAGGAAAGCAACUGCAGAAAUGAAUUAUUUUCUUUGCUUUAUUAUUUUUACCAAGACAGAGAAGUAUUGAGAGAUAAUCUGUUUUCAUAAUCAAUAUGUGCCUAAAUUAUAUUUAAAUCAUUUCAUUCUGUACUAUAUUUUCAGGAAUUACAGAAUGCGUUAUUCAUUCACUUAAAGGUACCUCUGUAGAAAUAACCUAAAACUGCAGAAGGAUAUGAAAGAUCUAAACAUGGUGUGCUUAGAAACUGCAGAUUUUAGAUCUAAUGUAUACUGCAUUAAUAAACGAUAUAAAGUGUUGAAAAAAAAAAAGAGUGAAACCCAGGUUUUAGAUAUACCUCUACCACUUACUUGCUAUAUGAUUUUGGGAAAACUAUUUUUUUUGUCCCUGAGCUUUAAUGCCAUUAUCUGUAAAAUGCAGUGUUACAAUAGAUCAUUGUAAGUUACAGCCAAUAUCAAAAUUUUUCUUAUGGUUGAUAGGAGGUUUAUUUCCCAAAUCUCUCUCUUUAGAAAUGCUUAGGUAUGUCAGGCCGGGCGCAGUGGCUCACGCUUGUAAUCCCAGCAGUUUGGGAGGCCGAGGCGGGUAGAUCACGAGGUCAGGAGAUCGAGACCAUGGUGAAACCCCGUCUCUACUAAAAAUACAAAAAAUUAUCCGGGUGUGGUGGCGGGCGCCUGUAGUCCCAGCUACUCAGAGAGGCUGAGGCAGGAGAAUGGCGUGAACCCAGGAGGCGGAGCUUGCAGUGAGCUGAGAUGGCGCCACUGCACUCCAGCCUGGGCAACAGAGCGA